AUGGCGAUUAAGCGAGGGAUGAUGAAGAUUGUGGUUGCGGACUCUUGUAAGUUGGAACGCACUGAUACUUCCAGCUUGAUUCUCCUGGAGGCUUCUCCUUUGGAUGUUUUGAGGCGUAAUGAUCAGCAAGUUGGUUUGGAUUUGCAAGUUGGACCUUGCAGAUUGGGCAUCGUGCGAUCGAACGAAUUUCAAACUUCACCACCACGCACACAGAAAUGGAAAACAACGGGGGUUGUGGAAACAGAGGUUAAAGGUUAUGUUGAAAUAAUGGACUAUAUUUUUUUGGUAGUUUUGUGCAGUAUGCUGGAUGUGGUUCUGUUUGGGAAUGGAAUAUGGUUUUUGAUAGCAGUAUGCAAUGAUGGUUAUGGUGUGGAAAUGGAAUAUGUUAUUUUGCUUGGCUUAGUUUUGCAGUGA